AAACUGGAUCUUUUUCUGGCAAUACAAGGCCAGACCGAGACUUCCAAUGGUUAUAAUGGAGGUUGGAACUUUCUUCCUCCUAAUAUGCACUUUUGCUGUCUUCCCAACUGUCCGACUUCAAGAGCCUCCAACUCCCAACAUCACAACUCCCAACAUCACAGCCCCCAACAUCACGGCCCCCAACAUCACAGCCCCCAACAUCAAAGACUUGGUCUUUAACAACUUUGACUUUGCCAUAAAUCUGUACCGUAAGAUCUCCAGUCACCACGACAACAAUAUUUUCUUCUCACCACUGUGUGUGUCCACAGCAUUUGCAACGCUCUCUUUGGCAGCCAAGGGUUCCACUCUGAGCCAAAUCCUAACAGGACUUAAUCUGGCCGCUCUGGAACGUAAGGGACAAUCUGAACUCAUUCCACAGUUGUUCCAUAAUCUCCAAGGGAACAUCACACAGCAUGAGGCUAUGAAAUUACAUCAGGGGACAGCACUUUUUGUGCAACUGAAUUAUGAAGUGGAGAAGGCCUUCAGUGAUCAGAUCAAGAAAUUUUUCAAUGCUGAUGUUUUUAAUGUGGAUUUUGGAAAGCCAGCAGUCAGCAUGGCAAACAUUAAUGAGUAUGUGAAACAGAGAACUGGAGACAAAGUCAAACAGAUGGUGACAAGUAUUGAGCCUCUGACUCAACUGAUGCUUUUAAAUACUAUUUUCUUUCAGGGUGACUGGGAAUUCCCUUUUGACCCAAACAACACAAGAAAUGACCGUUUCUACAUAAACAAGUACAACAUUCUUCAGGUACCGAUGAUGUUUAAAGAGGAUAAAUUCUACAUAACUGAUGAUGAUGAGAUGAAUGUGAGGGUGCUGCGACUUCCCUACCUGGGUGGUGCAGCAAUGCUCAUCGCCUUGCCGGAUGAGAACGUCGAUUACACUGUUAUAGACGACGAGAUCAGUGCUGACAGAUUCCAAAAGUGGAUUAACAAUUUGAAAAAGAGAAAAUUAGAGGUUCACAUCCCUAAAUUUAAGAUGGAGCAGUCAUAUCCUUUGCACAAAAUUUUACCAGAUUUAGGGAUUGAAAAUAUCUUUGAGGAUUCUGCAAACCUUACAGGAUUAAGCAAGGAACCAGGGCUUAAAGUGUCCCAGGUACUUCACAAGGCAGUGAUUGAAGUGGAUGAGAUAGGAACCAGAGCCGCUGCAGCCACAUCGGUGGGCAUAACAGCGUAUUCUCUACCCCAGAUCUUCUGUGUGGAUCGGCCCUUCUUCUUCUUCAUUUAUCACGAAGCCACUAACAGCUUGCUAUUUAUGGGACGGGUGAUUGAUCCUACUGAUAAAUGACACGACUUUGCCUGGAACUCCUCGUUAGUUUUUGAGAAGGAACAGUUAUUGUAGACGCAAGACAAACACUGAAACUUGAUUGGCUGUCAUUGUCAAAACUGCAAACAAAAGUGUCAACGAAGCCUGUAGGCCUACUGGAGUGAUUUCAGUAAUGUCUUUAUGCCCCUUUUUGUAAAGAAUGCUUGUUUUACUCAUAAAUCAAAGCUGUACUGAAAUUCUGAGUUGUAAAUUCCAUUAUGUGCACCUAAUAAAACUGAAUAAUUUUCUGGGAA